AUGGCUGACAUGAAAGCAUUGCCAGUCUUUGCUUUCACCGAAGAACGCGUUCAAAUCGAACAGCUGCGAGCUUUUUUAAAUGAACGUGGAGCAUCUUUGGAUCUUGAAGGGCCACCCGAAAUUGAAGCAAAUUUGCUUGAACUUGUUAGUGGUAUUGGUGUUGUCGGUGAUUUGGAAAGCGAUAAAGAAGUUGAAAUGGUGUUAAGCUCGGUUUCUUCCUUGAUGGUUGUUCUUAGCUCUGAACAAGCUAUAGAUGUUGUUGAUGAGUUUUGUAAGCAAGUAUCGUCCGAGAAAUAUCAAGGGAUUGGGUGGCCUUCUAAUGCUGGUGCAGCUGUACGAAUUCUUUCUAAUCUUUUCCAUGCUUUUAAUAAACAUCCACGCGUGCAGCAUUCUGUUUUUGUUGCUUUGGUGGUACUUUGUGGCCGAGCUCGUCUUAUUGGCGAUUUGGAUACUAGUACAGAACAACUUAAUGAAUAUUUCAAGAAAUGGUCAUUACAAACGGAACAAAAACGUAGCCUUCUUAGGCUUAUACAUGGUGCUUUGAUUAAUGAUGGAAGAUCAGAUCAGGCCGCAAAAACCAUGACUGCACUUUUGGGAACAUAUACGGACUCUGAUGCAGCUUCCGCUAUUGAAGAUGGCCGUGAAUGUGUACGAACUGCUAUAGUGGAUCCAAAAUCUUUUAGCUUCGAUCAUUUAUUGAGAUUGCCUGCAGUAAAAUUAUUACAAAAGACAGAUUCAACAAUGUACAAUGUUCUCAUUUUGUUUAGCCAAGGUACACUGAGCGAUUAUCGUAAGUUUGUAAAGGAACAUCCAAAUUUUGUUCGUGAAAAAUUGCGAGUCGAUGAGGCAGUAUUAGUGAAAAAAAUACGAUUGUUGACAUUGAUGAGUAUGGCUGAAAAGAAUAGCACGAUAUUGCUGAGUGAUUUAUCAAAAGAACUGGAUAUAUCUGAUGAUGAACUCGAGGAGUUUAUAAUUGAAGCAAUUCAAGUUAAUGCCAUUACAGGCAAAAUAAAUGGCGUAAGACGAGAGUUAAACGUUUCGUCAUUGCAGCCGCGUUGUUUUGGUCGUGAACAAUGGGAGCUUCUGCAAAAAAGAUUGGUAAAGCUCAUUAAUGAUCUGGCUGAAUGUCAUGAAAAUAUUAAACUCAUUCAGUUUGAAAAGGUUUGA